AUGGAGAGCUUCAAGGCAUUGGGACGCUCAGAAUCUGCUACAGUGGUACCUCAUCUGCCUUUGGCUGAGGCCUUUGUUUCCAUGGAACGCACUGGGUGGCUCGGGAGUCUAAACCGCCCUUCGAGAGAUUGCACUGCUCCAGACCUUCAGUCGGUUUUCACUCAGCGUCAUGCUCCGGAAGAGGAAGGAGCUGCUCUACGUUACAUUCUCGAAGCGCCGUGGCCUGGUACUGUGGAAUUGCGUAUUAAACCCUCGUCUUUUCAACGACGGGAGCCUCCUCUCCAACCCCCGAACCUCAGCACGCUUGCCUCCUCAGCAAUCGGCUUCUCCGUUUCGAACGAGCAGCUUUUCAAACGCUCCCUCAUCGACGUUAGACCCAUUAUAAACGGCAUUAAGACCACCUGUGACUCCGAGUGCUCUCCUUUGCACUCCGCCUUCGAGAUACGGCGUUUCGCCUACGAUGACGAUGACGAUGGUGACAGAGACGACCUCGACGACCUCGAUAUCAAGUGCAUCUGCACGAACGAGAACGUCGCCAUCUUGAGAGCAUGCCUGACCUGCGCCUAUGACGCCGCGAGUGUCACCAGCGACGACCAGCAGGUCAUCAACAAUGCUCUUGCGCGUUAUCCGGUCGCUUGUGCCCGUGAAGGCUACACCAUCUCGUCCGUCUUCCCUUCGGCGACGACCACAGGGCCAGCUUCACAGACCACCGAAACCCACUCGAGCACUGCGACUUCUGGUGGUCAGUCCAACGGAGGAACCGCAGUCCGUGUCGAAUACGGCGCGCUCAUGGGGGUGCCCGCUUCUUUCGGUGGCGCUGUCCUUCUCCUCUGA